CGGCGCAGUAUAUUAAGAGAUUGGAUGGUUCAUCAGCGAGAAAUUCGAUAAUUAUGAAUGAUAACCACCACUUACGACCCAAGCUGUCGGGUGUAAGAUAGAUAGGCUAAUGUUCUUCUCGUGUUGUAUAUAGGCAGACCAUGACUGCCUCUAUGUACUUGGAGCAUCCAAUGCGCUUCCUCCUCCCCCUCUUUGACCUCAAAAUGAACAAAAUUCGCCAGCUCUAACAGUGUCGAAAUCACCCAUUAGAAAGUAUCUACCCGCAUCUCCUGUAGCCACCACAUUAAUCAACAAUGGUUCUUCGCUACCCAAUGCGCUCACGAAGAUACAAGUUUCUCAAAGCCACAAUAUGUCUCAUCCUCACAUUCCUCCUCGCAACUAGAAUCCCUCUUCCCAAUUUCCCAAAACGACGCUUCGAUACCUGGGUCUGGGAUCGCAGCUGUCACAAACUAUCCCCCUUCAGCAAAGCAUGUACGGCCUCGCGAGCCUCCAUCGCAUCAGAUGUGCAAAUAGUGAUUGAAACCGGCGGCUCGGAACCCCAAAGUAGACUGCAGUACCAACUUGCCACUCUGAUGUCUGAGGUUCCUCGUCAGAAUAUUUUGAUCUUUUCGGAUUUGGAAGAAGAGGUUGGUUCUUUUCAUGUUCUUGAUGCGCUAGCGGAUAUCUCGAUACGCGAACGAAUGGAUUAUCCUGAAUUCACAUUUUACGAUGAACUGCAGAGGUAUCAACAGCUGGGGAAAGAUACCAGGGAGCUCAAAGGCGGAUGGAAAUUGGCCAAGUAUAAGAAUAUGGCUAUAAAGCGAAAGAUCUGGAAGAUGCUGGGAGAGACUAGCACUGCUCUUCCAAGAAGAAAAUGGUAUGUAUUCAUUGACACAGACACUUUUGUCGAAUGGGAUAAUCUCCUUGCGUUAUUGGAGAAUUUAGACCCCCAAAAGAAAUUAUACAUAGGAAGUCCCGUCUGGGCUGAUCCUAAAGCACCAUUUGCUCAUGGCGGUAGUGCAUAUGCUCUCUCGUAUAGUGCCUUGGAGUCACUUAAUAUGCAUGACAUAGAGGGCGAUAGAGAACCAAUGUACAGUCAAUUCGGCGUGAACACAACAGCCUUGUGUUGUGGUGAUGAAGCUCUUGGGAAAGCACUAAAGGAGAUAGGUAUCAUGCUUAAAGGCUAUUGGCCAAUGUUUAAUGGAGAAGUACCGUCAACUCUUGGUUUUGGGAGCGAAAUCUGGUGUGAGCCUGUACUGUCGUUACAUCACCUCACUGGGACAGACAUGGAAGACUUGUGGUUAUGGAUUGAAAAUUGGAAAGCCUGUACAAUGAGCAUGCAACCAUUCCUCUUCAAAGACCUAUUUGAAUACAUCGCUCCCCAGUUAGUCCCUCAAAUGAACGAUUGGGAAAACACAGACGAAGGCUGGAAAAUAUAUCACAACAAAGGCACUCCAGUAUCCUUCUCACAAUGCAAAGCAGCCUGUAUCGCAGACAAGCUAUGUUUCCAAUUCGUUUCUCACGGCGAUACCUGCGCAUUAUCCCACACAAUCCGAAUUGGCGGGAAGCGAUUACCCAAGAACGAAGAUGAUCAGAAGUAUAUCUCCGGAUGGAAUUUGGAAAGAAUAAGGGAAUGGACCUCGAAAACGAAGUGUACUAGUGCGCAUUGGUUGCAUUCGAAUCCUUGAGUGGAUGUGUCAAUAUACAAAAUGUUGGAUAGAUGGUCAUGGGUGACAAUUUCAACGGCCAUUGGCCAAGUAGAUUUGAUAUUCCAAAUCCCAAAUUGGGUGUGUAAGAUACACACCUCCUCUCCUCUCCUCUUACCAACCAAAGAAGAGGACCAGGAUCUAAAAGAGAAGGAUGAGGGAGCUUAUCAGAAAAGAGAAAGCCCCAAGGGAAUAUUUGAAAAAGGGGGGGAGGGAAUGAGGAUCUACAAUAUACACACUCGAAAAAGAGCCUGAGGAUUGAAAGCUGUGGCAAUGAAACUUUACAGUACCUAUCUAGGUAUUUCCAGAAACAUCGCCAACCCCCCGAUAAACAAUAGACAAAAUCCUUGUUGUACAUCACAUCAAUGUCACAAUCAAAUCAUCAGGAAUCGGAUGAAUCGGACAACUCGCCAGGAGACAAUAUAGGGAUUUAGACUUUAGAGUAUAGUAGAGAAGGGCAGAGCAGAACGAGUAGAGAUAACGCAUAUCAAGCCCGCUUCCUUCUCGUAAAUCUAGAUUCCAAGUCUAGGUAUGCGCAUCAUCGCAUCCAUCAUCGCAUUCAUACCCCAAACAUCUCAUUUUUUAAAUAUCUCAUCUUCUAUUCCUCUCUCUCACAUACCUUCCUUCCACCUCGCCCAUAUCCUCACCCAGAUCCAUACUCUCAACCCUACCUCCCCCUACUCAGCUCAAAUCAACCCCCCUUUUUCUUGAACGUGAAACCCCCUCCCAUAUCAGAAAAGGGCAUAAAUCUCAAUUUUUCAACCAUCGACCAUCGACCAUCAACACUCCUCCGUUUCCACUUCCAGAUUCCAUCCCAAACACAACCCACCAUCAAGCCUCCCUGAAUCCAUCGAACCUCAGCCGUAUCAUCCUCAAAAUCUUAUCUCCAACCAAUGCGCCUUCUAAAGCCUGAUACGAAGGCUCCUAACCAUCACCUUUGUUAAUAUCGAUCAUAAUCCUGCAAACUAAUUGUCGAAAACGACAUAUGAAAACAUCCACCAGUACACUUCAAAGCAUUCCUCAUUUCAUAUCAUAUCGCACACCUCACACCUCAAUUACCAACCAUCAAACUCCAAACUUUACAAAAUCAUCACCACACACAACAUAAUCUCACACAAUUCACCUCACUUCACAAGACACGUCAUGUCACCGCACUCAUCCCAACCUCAAACAACAAACUCCAUUCCUUAAUUACCAAAAUCUCCGUUCUCUGAGCCCCCAAGAAUCUCCCCCUCCCAAGAAAACCGGCGCCAAACCCAGACAUACAGAUCUCAAAAUUCAUCCGGAAAAGGCCUUAUUCCAAAUUACUAAUCGCAAUCCGUUACUCCCAGAUCCCAAGGAAAUUCCCAAAAGAUAUCAAUUCUCAUAUUCUCUGAUACUAACCAGACUUCAACUUCAUCUCGAAACCUCAUUUGCUGUUCGAAAGUUUUUUAUUCCCACCCACCCCUUCAUCCAUUGACCAUCUACAUCUGGGUAUCUACGUCUAGAUUCGAAUCCGGCGUUUUUCGACUAAGUCGAAAAAGGUGCCUUCAUCCCCCACCCCCAUCC